CUACGUCAACCCAUUUUUUGUAACCGAUGGAUUACAGACUCAAAUAGUAAAGUGUUUACAAGCCCGGUCUCUCCAUGGUGUACAUGCAUAAAAAAUGGAGUAGUCAGAGUUAAAGAUUUGUGAGAUCCAGUGAGGAGGGAAGGGUGGAUGGAGAUGGCGAGUAUGGGUGAGCUGCAGACAGGAGCUGCCGAGUGGUUCAGCACUGUCCAAGCGAGUGGCACACGGCUAAGCCAGAUGGUGGCGAUGCUGCGAACGACUGUGAUCGAGAGGAGUGAGCCGUCGAUGUCGUGGAUUCGGAGUGUCCAGCAAUGUAUGCUGGAGAUUUUAUGGGGGUUGGAGGAGGGGACGUCCCCCCAUCUAGAAGCGUUUAUAGAUCGGCCACGAUUGCAUGCUUUGAUGCGGAGCUGCCACGAGGAGCUUGAGGAGGGGCAAGGUCUUUGCAGCGCGUUGGAGGAGCGAUUUUUCGAGGACGAGGACGAUAUCGUGGAUGGUCAUCAUGACAACAACGCCAUCACGGAUGACCCCACCAAGAGUGCCAGACUGAGUGAUGACAACGAUAAUCAUCUUAUCUGCAUCGCGAAAAUCUGCAACAACAAUAAUAACAACAACAACUACAAAUUGACGGUGUCUGUGGGGCAGGCCGCAAACAUCAACAAUAACAACUACACUGUGCGCAACGAUGGAAUGGGACGAGGGAUCCUGAGAUUGUGCACGCUUAGGAGAGUUAACGAUUACAACAACAACAAUGACAACGAUAAUACAGCUGGUGGCAACAAAAAUGACAACAACAAAGGUGGCGGAGUCGACACUGGCAGAGUGGUAAUUGGAUUGCGCAGUUUCUUUUCCCUCUCCCCUGCCCUCCCCUCUUGUUUUCCUUCCUGUGUUCUUGCUGAUUGCUCGGGGGCAGGGGCGAGAGGGUUGGAUGACUGGAAUGCUGUGUAAAUAGGAAGAUUGUGUGGGGGCGCAGGGAGAGGGAUGUAGGCGCGUAGGGGUGAGAUAGUGAGGGCUGGAUAAC